UUUCAGUUUUUCAAAGGCGGAACUGAGAGCUGGUUGUGUUUUCACCAGGUCUGCAGCUGGGCUUGAGUUGGCAGCUUCAACUGGCCAUGGCGCCUUAUUUCAUGCGGGUCUGCGGAGUGUUCUGGGUGAUGCUGGGAACCUGCUUUGUGGUCACAGUUUCCGAGACGCCAACGCAGAUACGCUUCAUCGCUGCCAGGUGGGGCAGCCAGGUGUCCUUCAGGUGCGUAUCCAGCUCUCCGGCAAAUUGGUACAAAGAGAUGGAGAAUGGCAAGCAUCAGGAGAUGGUGAACACUUCCAGAGUCCAGGUGUUGAGGAACGAAUCGGUGGUCCUGAUGCAGAUCAGAAAAAUCCAGCUCGCCGACAAUGGCAUCUACUUCUGUGAGAACAACAAGACACAAAAUAGUCAGCAGCAUUGCUGCGGCACUGAACUGCGAGUCAUGGGUAUCAGCACAUUUCAGCAAGUGCAGAAACGAAACACCCUGAAAGAUGCCAUCAUCGUGAUCCAGUCCCUUCUUAUUGUCCUGUUUGUGAGUGUCCCUGUGUUUCUAACUAUGGGGAAGGGUGAUGCCAAGGAUGCACCAGCUGAGGACCACACGUACGAGGGGUUGAUGGUUGAACUAGCUGAUACAUAUGAAGACAUUUGUACUUACCAGGACAGAGUAACAGACAAGUGGAAUUUGGGAGAGAGUCCAGGCGAGGAGUGAAAAGUUUUGCAGCAUCCUCGGCAAGGUGUGCCACACCUGACUUUGGAACAAGUUUUGCUUGGCUACAAUGCUCUUGAUGCAGCUCUUGCUUGCUUGCUUGCUUGCUUGCUUGCUUAGCUAUCAUCAGCCGAACUGCUAGAUCAAAUGUGGUACUCCUUCACUCCUGAUUCCUUGGGCAUUCGGUUUGUUGUUAAGAGGUACCCAAAGCUGGGGUACUGGGCAGACCCUAUUUAGGGAAACUCCCCUCCCACCCUCCCCAUACAAGAGGAAAACACAAAAUUGUAAAUAAUUAAAUUUGAGGGUGGGGUUUUUUUUCUAACAUUAGUUUGCUUGCCAUAAAUUAGCAUUCUAAUUUGAAUGGGUUUCCUCCCACACAUGCACACAUCCUCAAUUCUUGAAGCUGAUAAAUUUAGGGUGGUUUUUAAAGGAAAGCUGGAUAUUUGAAGCGUUGAAUUCAGUAAGCCAAUACCAAACGUAGGGAUGGGGGAGCCAUUGAGUUCAAUUCUCAUUUAAAGGCGAACCAAUGUAAUCUGCAUGUUUUGAAACAAUAUGCAAACCGAAACACAACCAUCCCGCAAAAGGCACACCGCUCUGAAUUUUGCAAUGCAGUUCUUCAGCCAAGUGAUAUGCAGAAAGAUGCAUAUGCUAAAGCAUAGUGCGCGGAAAAAAAUUGCACAUAUUGGUGAAAAUUAUAUACCGCAAUGCAUUGUAUUAAGGGGAACUGCUUUGCCGAAAUGUGCAUAAUAGGCUAAAUUGCAAAUAAAAUAUACAGCCUCCCAUGUAUAUUGGGAGCAAUUCUCCUAAUUUAAUAAUGGAAUAAUGGAAAAGCAGAAUAGAAAUAAUGAAUAUUAAAUCAAAUCUAAAAUGCAAAUGAAUUUUCAUGAAUUGCUGACGUGUGAAAAUGUGGAGUCCCAAAUAUAAGUUUGGAAAGAUUAGAAGCUGAAAUCGAAAUUCACCGAUUCCGAACCAAACAUUAGUACUUUAAAACUAACCAAGAAGACAUUAAGGUAUAGCACACAAUCUACUGAAAUGUCCUGUCAUUUGGCCAGGACAUUCCAAAUUUACAUCACCUUUAUGACCCCCCUUAUAAGAUUUAAUGUAUUGCCGUUUGCAGUUCUGCAAGGUAGAUUUUUUUGAAAAUCCCAUAUUCUGAAAGGUACUGCCUUUGUGGCACAAAACAGAUCGAAUCUAUCACACGUUUUUAUUUUAUUGCCCGGGGGGGGGGAUCUAUUUCACCGACUCUUCCAGGGUGUCCUUUCUGCUGAAUAACUGUAGGAAUGACGUUGUGGAGAAUGUGGCAAGAUUUUUGCGUGAUGCCAUGAAACUACAUCACCAUAUAGGUCCCAAGAGCCACCUUUGUAUCUCAUGAUGUCUGGACAGCUUUAUCCUAAAGUAUCUCCUAUUACGACUCGCUGCCAGUGUUGUGUUUUGAUCCAUGUAUACGACGUACUCUUUCUAUGCCAAUAAAGAAGACUGAAUUGAAUUGAAUUGAAUUGAGGAGUCCUGUCACCAAAGCUUCAGUUUCACAGCUCAGACUAAUCUCAAUGGUGCUCGUGCAAGAGAACCUCCCUUGUGCCUUUAUUUUUCAAAAGUAGCUCUCCAAUAAAUUUU